CGCGCAUGCGCACUGCAUCAGGCCGAUCCUUCGAUCAUGGAGGCUGAAUAUGUGCAAAGCAGCUGCAAACUUUCCUCAGUAAACCUUGUUCAUUAAUCAACCUUUAGUAACAACGACGAUUGAUAUUUAUCGUUGUGUGAACUCGAUUCGAGUCGUGGCGUGAUUGUGUUUUAUUGUGAUAUUUAGACGGUUGCCAGAUCCUCUGGCAUGAAAUCCUCCUGAGUAAUUGACAUGUGUUGGUAAAAUGGCCGCUGAGCUGUUUCCUACCAAAAAGCUGCCGGCUGUCUCUCCCCCCAACACUGGCACGGCUGUACAGCAGUACCAACAGCAGAACAUCAGCAACAAUAACACUAUUCAAGGAUGUAACUGGCAAGGCUUGUAUCCCAGUAUCAGAGAGAGAAACGCAGUCAUGUUCAACAACGAGUUGAUGGCUGAUAUUCACUUUGUGGUCGGGCCCCCCGGAGGAACCCAGAGAGUACCAGGACACAAGUAUGUUCUGGCUGUGGGCAGUUCAGUUUUUCAUGCAAUGUUUUACGGAGAACUGGCUGAAGAUAACGAUGAGAUCCGGAUCCCUGAUGUGGAACCAGCCUCAUUCCUGGCUAUGCUAAAGUAUAUUUACUGUGAUGAGAUUGACCUGUGUGCCGACACUGUACUUGCCACGCUGUACGCCGCCAAAAAGUACAUCGUUCCCCACUUGGCCCGUGCUUGCGUCAACUUCCUGGAGACCAGCUUGAGUGCCCGAAACGCCUGCGUCCUGCUGUCUCAAAGCUGUCUGUUUGAGGAGCCCGAUCUCACUCAGCGCUGUUGGGAGGUCAUUGACGCGCAGGCAGAACUCGCCCUCCGCUCGGAGGGAUUCUGCGACAUCGAUGCUCAGACCUUGGAGAGCAUCCUGCACCGAGAGACGCUCAACGCCAAAGAGAUGGUGGUGUUCGAAGCGGCACUGAGCUGGGCGGAAGCGGAAUGUCACAGACAGGAACUCCAGCCCACUAUAGAGAACAAACGUCUCGUUUUGGGAAAGGCGAUCUACUUGAUUCGGAUCCCUGCGAUGGCACUUGAUGAUUUUGCGAACGGCGUGGCGCAAUCCAGCGUGUUGACGCUCAACGAGACCAAUGAUAUUUUCCUGUGGUACACGGCGGCCAAGAAACCCGAGCUGAAGUUUGUCUGCAAACCACGCAAGGGCUUGACGCCGCAGAAGUGCCACAGGUUCCAGUCUUGCGCGUACCGUAGCAAUCAGUGGCGCUACCGUGGCCGCUGCGACAGCAUCCAGUUUGCGGUGGACAAACGCGUCUUCAUCGCUGGGUUCGGCUUGUACGGUUCUAGCUGUGGUUCGGCGGAGUACCAGGCCAAGAUUGAGCUGAAACGGCAGGGCGUGACGCUCGGGUUAGCCAUCAUCAAGUACUUCUCCGAUGGUUCCAGCAACACCUUCCCUGCGUUCUUCGAGUACCCGGUGCAGAUCGAACCCGACACGUUCUACACGGCGAGCGUAGUACUGGACGGAAAUGAGUUGAGUUAUUUUGGGCAGGAGGGGAUGACGGAGGUCCAGUGUGGAAAGGUGACCUUCCAAUUCCAGUGCUCGUCGGACAGUACCAACGGCACGGGCGUGCAGGGGGGGCAGAUCCCCGAACUCAUAUUUUACUCAUGAGAGCGUCCCAUUCACAAAUAGUCGAACAAUUAUUUUGUUCCUUAAUGAAGUGCUGCUCACAUUUGCACUGAGGCUACAAAAGAGCGAAUCAUAGAGAUUUUAGUACGCUGACAAUCUUUAUAGACUAUCAGUAGGGUUUGGGUCUAGGUUUCAAAAACACUACGAAUACACCAAAUGUUCGGCAACCGAAACUAUUCAAUUCGAAAAUAGCAAAAAAGCACUUGUUUCCACACAUCCGAAGUGUUUGCUGUGUUUACUCCACACACUGGUUGCUAUUUAAUUGUGUCAUCAAAUACGUUAUUGUUCGGUCUUUUCAUGUAUUCAUUCUAACACCGAAAAAGUUUUUUGCUAUUUUGGCCGAAUGCUUCCUGUUGCCGAAUCUUCAGUGCGUCCCUAGCAAACCGACAUUCAAAUCAGGUUUGAUUAUUUUUCUUCACCAAAAGCUGUUGUAUGGCAAAACAAAAGAUUCGAAACAUAACGCACAAAUGAUAUAGCGUUAAUUUUUGGGUGUACUGUUCCUUUAAGAGCAGAGAUUAUAAUUCAUCUAUGUAACUGAACAGAUCUUAAAAUCAUGCUUGUAACUUUUUUUGAUAAAAAAAGUCGCAGACGAUAAAUGUACUUGUGAUCAUGCCGCAACAUAAAAUGUUUACAUGAAUAACAUCUGGAUUGUGUAAAAUUAUACAGAUUUAGUCAAUUUUAGGAUUAUUUAGCGCUAGUAAAACUUAAAGACACAGAGACUCUUCUCACUUAAAGUCAUGUGAUUGAUAUUUAAGGACUAGGGUUCAAAUCUAAAGUGAACAAUCAUGCUUGUGAACAUAAAACUGAUCUUUGUGUGCCAUCGUAAUGAAAUGUAUUUUACUGAACUCUAUAGUAAUUGUAUACUUUUUUACUUAACAUGUGAAGCACAAUUUGUCAUACGUUUCGCUGAACAAAUUUUAUUUUUUUCUACUUACUAUUCAUGUAAUAUUUUAUUAUUUUUGUGCAACACAACAUUUACUGUAAAAGCCAUGACAUUAUGAAGGGUUUAACAAAAACUUUUUUUUGUGGUGUUUGCUAAGCAGCAAUUUACUCAUAACUUGUGACACUUGGGGUUUUAACAAACAUAACAUUUUGCACGAAUUGCGUUGCUAACACGAAUGAGAUUUUCAAUUGUAUGACUUUUCUUAAAAAAAAAAGUAAUCGGUAAAAGUGUUCAGCACACCUUGGCAUUUACCCAUAACACCCUGAGCGGUGUAGCAGUGUAUUUUUGUUGGGCAAACACCACUUAAGUUUAAAAAGUUUAAAGUCACGAUGAAAAGGAAGUAGCGAUUUUCUUAUUUUUCCUUUGGUGAUGUUUAUCUGAGUAAACCGAAUGAGAAAAAUUUGUAGGGGGGGGACUUGAAUUAGUCCAUCAAGAAUGGAUUGGAUCGUUGGAAGUUAAAUCGUGUUGCUAUUUGCUAAUCGCUGCAAUCUUUUCCUGGGCCCCGCCCUCCUCGUGACCAGAAGUAAUAUGAGGGAGGCAAAAGGUAUCAUUUCGAGGAGAUGAGAUUUGCAUUUUUUAUUAAAGGUUAUGAGGGCACAUUUUUUAAAUAAUAAAGCUCACAAGUCAUUUGUAAAAAAAUACCACAGUAUAAAAAAAUUCAAUUUCAUUGUGACUUUAAAAAUUUAGCUAUUACUGUGGUCAACAUUUGCCAAACUUGAGACUUGACUUGAGUAACAAUAUUCAAGCUCUUUCAAAUAACGUACAAUUUUAAUGUUGACGUCAAAGUCGACUUUAAUUGCACUAUUUUUCAUUACUAUCUUUUAAUUUUUACGUUUUUGUAACACUGUGGCAUAAUCUAGAUUUAUUAUACAUUCUGUUUGACUUCUAUAUCGCUACACUGUGUUUAGUAAUCCUACUCCAGGGUAAAAUCCAGUUUUCUGUCGUACUUUGUGCCUUUUUGGAUUGGGUCUAAUGGUUUCAAUGACCCGAGUGGUUCUUACGUGUACAGUUCAUGUUCCUACGAUGCAAAUUGCUUUAAGUACUGGGUGUGAUCACUGAAAUUGUAAGUGCUAAAAGUCACCGAUUCAUUCAAUUCGCACCUGUAUUUUGUUAGAUUUGGUUUCUUGUGUUAUGUAGAAAAGGAGAUACCCGUGUAAGUGCCAAGAGACUUUGAAUGUGUGAGCUGCAUUGUGUCAACAUAAAUAAAUAACUAUCUUUAACUCCA